AUUGUCAUGCAGAAUAUAUAACUUGCGGUUAUUAUUCAAAUAUUUACACAAGUUUCUCCGUCAUCUAAAUCAACUAAACCAAGAUGAAAUUGACGUAUAUUUUAAUUAUUGCUGUCGUUUGCUUAAUAGCGACUGCAUCCCGUAUUGAACAUGAAAAAGUACAAGAAAUGAUCAGAGAAUGUCAAAAAGAAUCAGGUUCAACUGUAAACGAAAUCACAAACAUUAAACUUGGGAUUAUAAACCCUGAUACGGUAAACAAGCCCUUUGUGUUCAUCGUAAAAUGGAAACCCUUGAUCAGAAUGGAGACAUUAUUCCUGAUAAGUUCAAGCAACACAUUGAAGCUAUUACUGACGACAAUGAUCGUCGGAAAGAAUUUCAAGACAAAUGUGGCAAAACUCAAGGAGAAAAUCCCGAAGUUAAAGCUAUUAAUUAUGAUAAAUGUAUUCAAUCAGUAUUGGCAGAAAUCCAUGCUUCAAAAACCUAUAAAAGUGUUAGGAAUGUAUAGAUAUAUAAAAUAAUUUAUAAUAAAUAUAAUAUAAUAU